AUGGCACAUAUUGACAAAUUCGAUCGCUUGCUAAACUUCCGUGAUGUUGGUGCAUUCAUCAAUGAAUUAACUGGCGACAACAAAAUCAAGCCCGGUCUGCUGUUUCGAAGCGCCAGACCAGACGAAGCUUCAACUGAAGAUCGCAGACGACUAAAGGACGACUACCACAUCUACACUAUCAUUGACCUGCGCACAAAGUCUGAGCACAUUGUUCAAGCCCAGAAAAGAUCAAUUCCAGUACCAUCAGCCGAGCCUGUUGCUCCUUCCAACAAUCAGGCUGCUGAACCCGUCAAAAUCCCCGGGCUAAACUAUGCCGAGAUCAACUUCAACGGCUCCUCGUACUCAUUUGCUCUGAUCCGCCAAUUGCGAUACUGGUCCGCUGCCAAGCUCAUCGCUCUCAUGGCUGCAGGCUAUCGUACCCAGGCCAUCAGCAUCCUAGGCACAGAAGUCAUGUCUGAGCGCGGACUCAUAGGUCUGGCCUAUGACUCGCUCGCGCACUGUACCGCUGAAGUGCUUGCUGUGUUUCGGGUUUUGGCUGACGAGAAGAACUACCCUAUCGUGGUGCACUGUACACAAGGCAAAGAUCGCACUGGUCUAACAAUUAUGCUUGUUCUCUUACUAUUGCAUGUUGAUAACGCGGCCAUCAACACUGAUUACAUGCGCACUCAGGAGGAACUCGUAUCUGAACGCGAGGCUAGAAUUGUUGAGAUAAGGAGUAUCGGCAUGCCCGCCUCGUUCGCUGACUGUGAUCCUCAAUGGGUCGAGAGCGUGGCUGCUCACAUCAAUGAGAAGUAUGGCUCUAUCGAAGAAUACCUGCUCCAAUGUGGCGUAACCAAGGAUAUGCAAGACACUGUCAGACACAUCUUGCUGGAGUAG